AUGGCCUAUGCAACAAGCACACAGCUGUAUAACUGGUAUUUCAGCCCGGCAGAUGUAGCUGCUCAACGUCAGGAAUGUAAUGCCGUAACGCGCAAACGUCUUGUACAAGCAGCUACGCAAACAGCAGAAUCUGGCGAAUACGUAAACGACGAGGAUAAGCUAAUUGCUCUCGAUCUGGAUGAAAAAUUUAACAUUGUAAAGCGAUACAUCUACCUCAUGAGAGCGUUGAUGAUGGGUUUCUAUUCCCGUGAGAUGAUGCUUACCUGUUUUUAUAUGGCCUGUAAAGCAACCGAUUUCCCGAUCGGGAUCCAAACAUUCAGUUAUCAUAUUCCCCGCAAUCAAGAUCACUACAGUUAUUUUAUUCUCAAUUCGGAGUUGUUUCUGCUUGAAGCCCUCAGUUACAAUUUAUGGGUAUUCACACCCUUCCGGCCAUUGCCCGGACCAAUCAUGGAUUUGAUUUCGAGUUGGGCCGCACACGGCCGCACCUCAAUGUGGAAGUGUUUGUACGCGAUGAACUGUGUGGUUGUGAUCCGAUGCAGAAACGGAAGAAGGCUUCUGAUGACGAUGCAUUGGGUUUGGGGUCGCGAUGCCCAGGAAUUAAGGCUGACAAGGCGCAGAAACGAAGCGCAUCGCCGCCAACACAAAAAUCCGAGCAGGUACCAACAGACGAGCGCUGGAAACAAUUAUCCGAGAGUGUGGAUCAUAUUCGAUCUGUGCUGA